UGGUUUCCCUCAUCCUUUCGACAACUGUAUCGCCAAUUUUUCUCUCUUCGAAACCUGUCAACUAUCAACAAGUACCAUAUAACAAGGAACUGGAUUCUUCAACCAACAACAAAUUCCGCACUCGAAAGGAUUCAUCUCAACAUAAUUUCAUAGCAACAUAGGACCACUCUGCAAAGUUCGGAUAACGCCAUGUCUACAUCAACACCUACCCGAAGAUCUACUAGGAACAAGCAAUCGAACCAGACGACUCUUCUUUCAUCAACAUCAACAUCGACAUCCACAAGCGGACCAUCGACGAUCCGGCAGAGCCGGAAACGUUCCAUCGGCAAGGUCGAGACUGCUGACGAGUUUGUGGACUUGUCUGGCUCGGAAGACGAUGGAGCCGUAGCAAAAAUGACCGGGGUGGGCGGAAUGUUGACUCCGCCGCCUUCGAGGGAGAGGGAGAAGAAGAGGAGGAACUUCGGGGCCGGUAGUGUGCAACAAGGAGCACCCGCCCCGAACCCUCCUUUCGCACCAUUCCCCACACCGCCUCAGUCCCGGGAAUCGGAACAUGCAACUAGGUUCCAGAACGUCUUGCCCGUCGCUUUCGGUUCCGAACGACCUUCCACUCCGCCUCCUCAAUCCCGAUCCAAGCCGUUCUUGCCCGGACAGACUAUCCCUUCUACCCCGCCCCGACUACGUACGCAGUUCCAGUCUAUCGCAGGUUCGCCGGGAAAGAGAAAAGUGACCGAUCCGUCGGGGAAGAGCAAGCUAGAGAUCCUCCCUGGACAUCUGAAGACGCUUGUACUCCUACACUCGGCCUUCGACCUAAGUUUGGGGUUAUGGCUGGCGACUCAUCCGCCUAUCCUCCCGCCCUUGGAAGUCGAGCUGGAGAACGCUAAGGGGAACGGUCUCGAUGUCGACCUCGUCGACUUGAGCAAUUUCCUUCAGAUCAAGGGGAUGGUCGAGAAGACCUGCCAGAGGCGGUUCGGGAUCACUGAAUUACGAAGGCUGGUCUGGAUCUGGGGGUGGCAGGGCGACGAAAAGGCGCUCGACAACCUGGAAGCGUUGCAACAAGAAAGUUCGAAAGAAGUCGGAGGCAAGACCAGGGCUGGGGAUUACCUGAUCACCCUGGCCAGGACGUUGGACCCGAUCACGUCUCGCAGGACGACGACGCAUGGGAUCGGGCUGACGCUCCACUUGACCCCGCUCGAGGUGGCUUCCUUGCGAAACUCUUUACACACCCAGAUCGGCGCCAAUGCCGGGGUGAGCGUUGGGAUGGGCGCGCUGGGACGAUGGAGUGCAGGAGGUGAAGAGCGAGGAAAGCGGUUCGAAGCCAAAGUAUGGAGGUGGUGGGAGGUCUGCAAGGAACGAUCGGCCAGGUCAAAAGGAGCUGCAAGGCGGGGGGAAGAGGACGAAGAUGACGAUGAGGACAUGGUACCCAACGUGCCUAUGGCCGAGAUCCCCAAGCUGCCUCAAGUCAAGAUGAACCUUCCGUCUGCAACUGCUGGCCCGUCGACAGCGCACUCGGCUAGUCCGAGUGCAGUCCGAACGGGGUCGCUCUUGCCCGCCUUUGAAGCGCCUCCUGCUCCACGCAAACUUAUCGCUACUUCGAGAACGGCAGGCAGCACGCCCGGGUACGGUCUCUUCACCCCGUCUCGUUCCGGAGCUUUGGCUAGCCCUGUCAAACCGCUUGUGAGGGACGAAGAGGACGUCUUUGGACGGGUCGAGAGCAUCCCUUCGAGCUCUUCGUCUGCACCUGGAUCUAGCAGCGGAGGGAAGAAGGACAGCGUGGCAGACCGCCGCCAGGCCUUGUAUGAUAGGAUCAAGGCGAGGACGGCCAAGGACCGGCCGACGGCAUCUUCCAGCUCGGGCGACGUCUCGCUGAAUGCCAAACUUGGUAACAUGACGAAAGUCGACGCUGCUGCCGAGCUAAAGAGGAGGAGUACGCUGAGUCGGCUGGAAGGUGUCGCUGAAGGGGUCUGGAUGCUAUUCUCAUCUAUUCCUAGCAAUUCGGGAAUCGAUUCGAGUCCCGGAGCACCUGGUUCGAGUUCGGGAGGAUUGGGAGGGAUCAACAGCUCUCCUUUGAGCAAGACGAGGAGGAGAGCUUUCCCGAUGAGUCAAGUGGUGGACAUCGUGGUUAAGAGCUCAAAGACCCCGAUAAGCGCUGCUGAAGCGAGGGACUCGUUGAUCUUGCUGACGACCCUCUGUCCGAGUUUCCUCGUCCUCCGUCUGAUCGCUCGACAAGAAUGGCUAGAGAUGCCUGCCAUCCAGGUGACGACGACCGCCAUCGCCUCGGCGGAUUAUCUGGCUGUACCGCCGGCUUCCCCCGGAAAGCCUGAUGUGAGCAUGAGGGAUGUGACGAGUGGAGGGAGAUUGAGGGAGGUCAGGGAGCGGAUCAGGAGAGAGUUGGGCGAGUGAUAUGAACAUGAAUAUGCGAAGCCGCGUUGUACAAGCGAGACGACUCUACGUCGGAUCUCAGAUACCAUACAUUCGAGUCAUGAAACGAACUUAUUUGGCCGCAUUGCUGCGACUACUGCCGUGGUGACUGUUGUUUCAGC